UUGCUUUCAGUAUGCUUCGUAAAACGUUCUGGAAGGUAAGAGUGAAGGUCCCACCGUAACCGAUCUGCCGUACGCUCACUUCGUAAAACUCCAACAAGCCACGCAAGCAGCAAGAGCGAAUACACCACAUAGAGCCAAGAUGAGCAAGUCGAGCGGAUACUCACAGGGACAGGACUGGGAGUCGGCCGGAUGGGGCAGCCGUGCGCCUCCUCGUGGUGCUGCCAAGCAGGAGGCGCUCAACAGUGCGCGUCGUGCCGGCAACGUGGUGACGGAGACUAAAUACGGUGCUGGUACCAACAAGGGCGCACACAGCGCUGCUAAUGUCAACAUGCGUAAGCUUGAGGAGGACACGGACAACUUUAAGCACGACGCUGUGGACCGCAGUCUGUCGCAGGCGCUGAUGAAGGCUCGUAUGGCCAAGAAGAUGAACCAGAAGCAGCUGGGCACGCUCAUUAACGAGAAGCCGCAGGUCAUCGCAGACUACGAGUCAGGACGCGCCAUUCCCAACGGUCAGAUCAUCUCUAAGCUGAACCGUGCACUGGGCGUGCAGCUUCCCCGUGGACCCAAGAAGAAAAAGGCCCCAGCCAACUAACUGUGUCACUCAUUGUGGAUGCAGUUGGUUGGCGAAAGUCUAGUUAGGCAGCGAGACAUAGCGUCUGCGUCUCCAGCAGCUCAAACAGGUUGCCAGGGCGUCGUACUAUAUAGAAUGAUCAACAAACAACGGUUGAAGGCCCACUUGAGUCGAUUUCCUUGUCCACCCUAGGCUUUCUGAAGUCGGAGAGGUGCUCUUGUAAGUAACUGCUGUAAAUUACGGAGCUGAACACUUGUUCACCGUAAUUUACUGUGUCGAACCAUUUUUUGCCGAUCGCAGCGUCGUCUUCGAUGAAAUGGGUACAUCAACUUCAACAUCAUGUAACGGUUUCUUUAGUAUGAAGGUUUAGUGAUCCAGUGCCUUGCUCGAGCGCUUCUCGAUCAGCACAGACUUGGUAGCUAAAACCAGUAAAGCCGUUUGCUGGUCAUUGCUCCGCCGAGUUUCCAGCGCAAUGUAAAUAUACCCAGCCAGUCAUCAGCAGCUAGGAUUAGCACAGUCUCAUGCGUGUCUAGCAGUUGUACGCUACGAUGGGAACGUGCUUUAAUUACGGUCGCCCAUACAACAGCAGCCACCACACAAUAGAGCAGCUCCUCCGAUUUAGAGACCUACCAACAGCGUCGCAUCUGAAACGAGCCG